AUGAAGCUCAAACACUCAACACUCCUGUGCAAUACAUUCAUAUUCUUAUCCAUAUUCUCUUUACUAUCAAAUAUUAUCUUCGCUCAAGAUGUUCCUAACAUAGAUACUGGCACUACUGCCACGGACACGGAUACAGAUACAAAUACAAAUACAGCAAUCACGACUUCAGCGACGUCAUCAUCAUCUUCUUCUUCUUCUUCUUCUUCUACAAGUUCAUCCUCAUCUGCAUCUGCGUCAUCCUCUUCAACAUCACAGAAAGUAUCUACACCAUCAAAAUUAUUAAGAACUGACUCUUUAUUAACAUGUAUGGAUAAUUCAGGAUUUACAGCCUCAUUCUUCGAUAUUAGUUAUUACCCACAUAAUAAAACUGCAAUCUUUAACAUCGAUGCAACAACUACCAUUAAUGAAAAUAUAAUCGUCAAAGUAGAAUUAUUAGUCUACGGUUUAAAAGUCAUUGAUAGAUCAUUCGAUCUAUGUUCCCUUAAUGAAGUAUCAUUAUGCCCCCUAAGUGCAGGUAGAAUAGACGUAAGUUCAUCAUAUCAAUUAGAUGAUUCCAUAGCAAAACAAAUCCCUGCAAUAGCAUACACUAUCCCUGACUUGGAUGCUCAAGUAAGAGUGGUAGCAUAUUCACAAAAUGAUACUUCAUUCACAACUCCAAUUGCAUGUGUACAAGCCAUUGUAAGUAAUGAUAAGACUGUACAAACAAAGUACGCAUCAUGGCCUAUAGCGGCAAUAUCAGGCGUAGGUUUAUUAACUUCAGGUUUCGUAUCAGUCAUUGGUUAUAGUUCCACCUCAGCUCAUAUUGCAUCAAAUUCCAUCUCCUUAUUUGUUUAUUUCCAAAAUUUAGCUAUCACGGCAAUGAUGGGUGUCUCUAGAGUUCCACCUAUUGCAGCUGCAUGGACUCAAAAUUUUCAAUGGUCAAUGGGGAUCAUUAAUGCUGAAUUUAUGCAAAAGAUUUUCAAUUGGUAUAUUCAAGCUACAAAGGGAAUUUCCACUGUGGUAGUAAGUAAUAAAGAUAUCUUAUCGAUUAGUGUUCAAAAGAAAAGGAAAAGAGAUUUAAUUCAAUUAUUUAAAAGAGCUACUUAUACUGUAGUAUCAUCAAAUGAUUAUAAUUUCGAUUCCAUAUUGGAUGAUUCAAAAUUAUAUACUACAGAUGAAAGAAAUACUGAUGAAUAUUCAAGUAGAAUAUUGGUACUUAGAGGUAUUCAAAGAGUGGCAUUUAAGGCAAAUAUUGAAUUAUCCAACUUCUUCUUAACCGGUAUUGUGUUUUUCUUAUUUUUCCUAUUUUGUAUGAUUUUAGCUUUAAUUUUCUUUAAAGCUUUAAUUGAAGUAUUAACAAGAGCAAGAUUAAUGGCUGAAACUUCAAAUUUCUUCCAAUAUAGGAAAAAUUGGGCUAGUAUUAUAAAGGGAACAUUAUUUAGAUUAGCAAUCAUUGCAUUCCCACAGGUUUCGUUAUUAACAAUUUGGGAAUUUACUCAAGUGGAUUCUCCAGCUGUGAUUGUGGAUGCAGUUUUCAUUUUCAUUAUAAUCACCGCAUUAUUAAUUUAUGGUACUGUAAGAGUCUUCAUUAAAGGUAGAGAAUCUUUAAGAUUAUACAAAAAUGCUGCUUAUUUAUUAUACAGUGAUUCAAAUUUCUUAAAUAGAUAUGGAUUUCUUUAUGUUCAAUUUAGAGCAGACGCAUUUUGGUGGUUAUUACCAAUGUUAUCAUAUUCAUUCUUAAGAUCAUUAUUCGUGGCUGUAUUACAAGAACAAGGUAAAGCCCAAGCAAUGGUUAUCUUUGUUAUUGAAUUAAUCUUUUUUGUUUGUCUUUGUUGGAUUAGACCAUAUUUGGAUAAAAGAACAAAUAUCUUUAACAUUGCUAUUCACUUGGUUAAUUUAAUUAAUUCAAUUUUCUUCCUUUUCUUUAGUAAUUUAUUCAAACAACCACCAAUAGUUUCAUCUGUCAUGGCUGUCAUUUUAUUCGUAUUAAAUGCUGCAUUUGCCCUAUUUUUAUUAUGUUUCACAAUUAUUACAUGUACUUUGGCUUUAGUUCAUAGAAACCCAGAUGUUCGUUACCAACCAAUGAAAGAUGAUCGUGUUUCAUUCAUUCCAAAAAUAACUAAUAAUAAUAAUAAUGAUGGUACAACAGAUUCAAGUAAUAACAGUAAUAUAAUGAUGACAAAUUAUGAUAAAAAUAAAUCUGAAGCUGAAUUAUUUGAAUUAAGACAAGCCGUCAUGGAUACAAAUGAAACUGAACAAGAAAAGAUGAUCCGUGAUGAUACAUUCCAUAAUAAGGGAGGAUUCGCAAACGCAGGAGAAUCAAGUAGAAUACUUUUCAAUAAUGAUGAUUUAGAUGAUGAAGCAAUUAGUAAUUAUACUUCUUCAUCAUUAUCAAGAAAUAAUCCAUAUACUACCACGAAUAAUGAAGAUUCGAUUGUACAACCUACAUCAGCUGUUAUGGGAUCAAAUAAUUUAAUGAAUUCUCCAAGUUUUAAUGGACGUAAUCAAGGUUAUUUGAAAAUACCGACAACAAAUCCAUCUGCUACUGCAACUGCAACUGAACGAAGCCGUGGUGGUGUAAAGAAACCAGAAACAAGUUUUUAUGGGGGACAUAAUAAUAAUACAAAUCCUUCAUACCGUAAUAAUAGUGACAUAUUCUUUUAG